CCGCGGAGCCCCCCGGAGGACAUUACACCCGGAGCGGAUACACGAUGGGCAGAGGGGAGGGCCGAGAGUACUCGCCGGCGGCGACCAACGCCGACAACGGCGGGGGGAAGAAGAAGAUGAAGGAGCGGGAGAUGGAGGAGCUGAAGAAGGAAGUGACCAUGGACGACCACAAGCUCUCCCUGGACGACGUGGCCAAAAAAUAUGGCACGGAUCUGGUCAAGGGUCUGACGAACGCACGCGCCGCCGAGGUCCUGGCCCAGGACGGUCCCAACGCCCUCACCCCUCCCCCCACCACCCCCGAGUGGGUGAAGUUCUGCCGCCAGCUCUUCGGGGGCUUCUCCAUCUUGCUGUGGAUCGGCGCCUUCCUCUGCUUCCUGGCUUACGGGAUUCAGAUCGCCAUGGAGGACGAGCCGAUCAACGACAACCUGUACCUCGGAGUCGUCCUGGCCGCUGUGGUCAUCGUCACCGGAUGCUUUUCAUAUUACCAAGAAGCCAAGAGCUCCAAGAUCAUGGAGUCCUUCAAGAACAUGGUGCCCCAGCAAGCUCUGGUGAUCCGCGAGGGAGAGAAGCUGCAGAUCAAUGCCGAGGCCGUGGUGGCCGGCGACCUGGUGGAGGUGAAAGGCGGCGACCGAGUUCCGGCUGACAUCAGAAUCAUCUCCGCUAAUGGCUGUAAGGUGGACAAUUCAUCUCUGACCGGAGAGUCCGAACCACAGACCCGCUCACCGGAAUUCACCCACGAAAACCCUCUGGAGACCCGGAACAUCUCCUUCUUCUCAACCAACUGUGUGGAAGGAACUGCACGAGGCGUCGUCUUAGCCACCGGCGACCGCACCGUCAUGGGCCGCAUUGCCUCGUUGGCUUCCGGGCUCACCACCGGGCGCACGCCCAUCGCCACGGAAAUCGAGCACUUCAUUCACAUCAUCACAGGCGUGGCGGUCUUCCUGGGGGUCUCCUUCUUCGUCCUUUCCCUCAUCCUCGGCUACAGCUGGCUGGAAGCCGUCAUCUUCCUCAUCGGGAUCAUCGUGGCCAACGUGCCGGAGGGCCUCCUGGCCACCGUGACGGUGUGCCUGACGCUCACGGCCAAGAGGAUGGCCCGCAAGAACUGCCUGGUGAAGAACCUGGAAGCCGUGGAGACCCUCGGGUCCACCUCCACCAUCUGCUCUGAUAAGACCGGGACGCUGACCCAGAACCGAAUGACCGUGGCCCACAUGUGGUUUGACAACCAGAUCCACGAGGCGGACACCACCGAGGACCAGUCAGGCACCACGUUCGAUAAACGCUCACCCACCUGGACCUCCCUGUCCCGGAUCGCCGGCCUCUGUAACCGCGCCGUCUUCAAAGGGGGCCAGGACAAGAUUCCCAUUUCCAAAAGAGGGACGGCCGGGGACGCCUCGGAGUCGGCUCUGCUCAAGUGUAUAGAACUCUCCUGCGGCUCGGUGAAAAAGAUGAUGUGCAUGGGCAGGAAGCUGGGGGUGUCACCAGUGCGUGGAGCUAAUCGUCUACAGCUGUCCAUCCAUGAAGGGGAGGAUAGCCCAGAGGGCCACCUGCUGGUGAUGAAAGGGGCCCCGGAGAGGAUUUUGGACCGCUGCUCCACUAUCCUGCUGCACGGGCAGGAGCAUCCGCUGGACGAGGAGUUGAAGGACGCCUUCCAGAACGCCUACUUUGAACUGGGAGGACUGGGAGAGAGAGUGCUGGGUGAGUCUGUAGGAUCCUUCCAGGUCAUCAUGGUGACCGGCGACCACCCGAUCACCGCCAAGGCCAUCGCCAAAGGCGUGGGGAUCAUCUCCGAAGGGAACGAGACCGUGGAGGACAUCGCCGCCCGCCUGAACAUCCCAGUAAACCAGGUGAAUCCCAGGGAGGCGAAGGCGUGCGUGGUUCACGGGUCCGACCUGAAGGACUUCACCCAGGAGCAGCUGGACGACAUCCUCAAGAACCACACGGAGAUCGUCUUCGCCCGCACCUCGCCGCAGCAGAAGCUGAUCAUCGUGGAGGGCUGCCAGAGACAGGGCGCCAUUGUGGCUGUGACUGGGGACGGGGUCAACGACUCCCCGGCCCUGAAGAAGGCUGACAUCGGCGUGGCCAUGGGCAUCGCGGGCUCCGACGUCUCCAAACAGGCUGCCGACAUGAUCCUAUUGGACGAUAACUUCGCCUCCAUCGUGACCGGGGUGGAAGAAGGCCGGUUAAUCUUUGACAACCUGAAGAAGUCGAUCGCGUACACGCUGACCAGUAACAUUCCGGAGAUCACGCCGUUCUUACUCUUCAUCAUCGCCAACAUCCCUCUGCCGCUGGGCACCGUCACCAUCCUGUGCAUUGAUCUCGGCACGGACAUGGUCCCGGCCAUCUCGCUGGCGUACGAAGCUGCCGAGAGCGACAUCAUGAAAAGACAGCCCAGGAACCCCCGGACGGACAAACUGGUGAACGAGCGCCUGAUCAGCAUGGCGUACGGGCAGAUCGGCAUGAUUCAGGCUCUGGGCGGCUUCUUCACCUACUUCGUCAUCCUGGCGGAAAACGGCUUCCUGCCGUCCCGACUGCUCGGCAUCCGAUUGGACUGGGACGAUCGCUCGACCAAUGACGUAGAAGACAGCUACGGGCAACAGUGGACCUACGAGCAGCGGAAGGUGGUAGAGUUCACGUGCCACACGGCGUUCUUCUCCAGCGUGGUGGUGGUGCAGUGGGCCGAUUUGAUCAUCUGUAAGACCAGAAGGAACUCCGUCUUCCAGCAAGGCAUGAAGAACAAGAUUUUGAUAUUUGGGCUCCUGGAAGAGACCGCGCUCGCUGCUUUCCUGUCUUACUGCCCCGGGAUGGACGUGGCCCUCCGAAUGUACCCUCUCAAGGUGACGUGGUGGUUCUGUGCCUUCCCCUACAGCUUACUCAUCUUCGUGUAUGACGAAGUGCGCAAAUUGAUCUUGCGUCGUGACCCCGGAGGAUGGGUGGAGAAGGAGUCGUACUAUUAAGGACUUGGCAAGCCAAGAAGGAACCCCCGGAACCAUCUGGGAAGGAACAAUGCCAAGGCUGUAGAUACAUUGGUUCCAUAAUACCCUAAGCACUAGUUUUUCUAACCUG